GCCGCUACCCAAUUUUUGCGACUUUAUGUUGGGAACUUGGCUAGUGGAAACAGGAUUGCUUCUCUACGAUUUAAGGACGGCAGCGGCACGCGACGUAUAGUAUCCGGCGUUACGCUGAAUACCUCGCCCGUAGACUCGCCAUCCGAGUAUUUCGACGACGAGUCGGCGCCCGAGACACCUGGGAGUUUGGAGAUGUUGAUCAUCUGCCGGUUUUACAUGUUUGGUCGCAGGAUUGCACAUACUUUUUUUCGGGCGUUGAGCGACAUGCUCCCACUUCAGGAGUUGCGCUCGUGCUACCUAUCCGCGGAAUUCACCCCCGCAGAAUCAGAAUGGCACCCUCUCAUACAGCAGUCGAAGAAUGUUACAGCGUUGGUGGUAUCGAACCGCUUGGCGGAUAGCUUUGCAGAUGCGUUGGCAACGCUAGCCCCCACAUACCCUUAUCCUCGACUUCAGUAUCUGAAGAUUGAGAAUGGCACCUUUAUCCAGAAUGGUCAGGAAUCAUCGCUCGGCGGCGCACUGUGUGCGGGUCUCAGAGGUAUCGAUCGUUCAUUGACGUUGUCGCUCCAAUCCUGCAAGAUUACGGAACCAUAUAUUGAGUCGAUGAAGCAUCACUUUGCGUUGUUAGAAUGGGACAAGGCGAGUGGAGGCGAUGACGAGGAGACCGAAGACAACGCGCAGUACGGCUGGUUUGUAGAGGACCGAAUGUAGAUGAAGGCUUCUCUAGGCAAACUAUUUGUCUGAUCGAAUC